ACGCGCUCCGGGAACAGGACACCGGUGACGUCUGAGCACCCCGAAACACAAGUGAGGUCAUUAUGACCAACAUGACGUGAGAGGGGAGGAAAUGUGAUUCAGUUUCUAUCCAUCAUUUCACAUUCUUUGCACACUGUCCCCUUGCGAACGGGUGCCAGUGACAAGAUUAUUAACAAGGAGUUGUUUUAAAAAAAAAAAAAAAAGAAAGAAAGAAAAGAAAAUCGUAUCGUCUAUUGCUACAGAUGAACUACGUCUAAUUUGUAUUACACCCUCGGGGCAAUUUGUCAUCAGUCUUGACACUGCCAGGCUUUUCCUUAUAUUAGUUUAAAGUGUGUGGUGUGCUGGAGGAGAGCUGUCCUGGGAGGAGUCGUGCGUAAAGCGCAUCUGGAAGAAACGGCUCUUGGAUAAAAGCAGCACGCGCAGUUUUCACAGCCACUGCACGAGGAUAAAGAGGCGCGUGCUUAGUGGAGCUCGACAAACAGCCUCUGCCUCUUUUCUUUCUAUGAAGAUCUAAGUUUUUAAGUGUUGUCUUGACUGCGACUCAUUUCCAAAUGGAAUGCUGUUAAAUAAUAUUGAUAUUGGGAGUCUUCCUGAAGGAGUGGGAAGUCGCACGGGUGGUCAGUAUAAAAGGACUGGUCGCUAUUGAUUGGCUCACCCUCGGGCUCGAGCUCCAAGUGUGCACAGCCCUCAAGCGAUGCGCGCGUGCGUGGGAGCCAAUCUGUGGCACGAGAGUGACUCACCGAGUGCCUUUAAACCCAGUGAUGGCUCCGUCGCGUCCGGCGCGCACUGGACCUACAGUUUUUUAUUAGGGAUCGCGCGCCACUAGGAAGUCAUUUUACGCACGAGUGCCUCCAGAGCAUCCCGACUUUGGACAGAGACUCCUGUUGCGCAAUGGACAUCUCCAACGAGACCAGGACGGUGGGUUUCACAGACUUGAUCAUGAUGCAUGCUCAGGGGCGCACUGUGGCCCCAGAACCAGGGUCCGCGGCUGCACCGGUGGCUCUCAGCGCGGUGUUUGUGGAGCGGAUUUUUGGGAGCGGCGCAGAAGUAAAUCUGAUGGCCGUGCUGCCAACUCUUGUUCCUCCCGGGAUUCCUGCCUUCUGGGACUCUCCACUGAGCCAUGGUAUCAAUGUGUUUGUGGGACUGGUGCUGUGCUUCACUAUGUUGGGACUGGGAUGCACGGUGGAUGUGGCUCAGCUCGGGGAGCACGUGCGUAAACCCAUCGGGGUACUUUUGGCGCUCGUGUGCCAAUUUGUAAUUAUGCCGCUCGUGGCCUUUUUAUUAGCACUUGCCUUCUCUCUGGACGAUGUGGCGGCGAUGGCCGUGCUGCUGUGCGGCUGCUGCCCCGGGGGCAACUUGUCCAACAUCAUGUCACUGCUCGCACAUGGCGAGAUGAACCUCAGCAUCAUCAUGACCAUCUCGUCAACACUGCUGGCGCUCGUGCUGAUGCCAUUGUGUCUGUGGAUCUACAGCCGCGCGUGGAUUAACACCCCCGUGGUGGACCUCAUGCCCUUCGGGGCCAUCAUUCUGACACUGUGCAGCACCCUCAUCCCCAUAGGGCUAGGGGUCAUGCUGAGAUACCGACACACGCGCGUGGCAGAUAUGGUGCUCAAGGCCUCUCUGUGGUCCCUGUUGGUCACCCUGAUCCUGCUGUUCAUUCUCACUGGAGCCAUGCUGGGUCCAGAGCUUCUCUCCACUAUCCCUAUCUCCGUGUACAUAGUGGCAAUCCUGAUGCCCGCGUGCGGGUACGCGGCAGGUUACGGCCUCGCGGUGCUCUUCAACCUGCCGCCCAACAGUCGCCGCGCGGUCUCUCUGGAGACUGGCUGCCAGAACGUGCAGCUGUGCACCGCGAUCCUGAAGCUGGCCUUCCCGCCGCAGCUCAUGGGCGGUAUGUACAUGUUCCCGCUGCUCUACGCGCUGUUCCAGGCCGCGGAGGCAGGGGUCUUUAUACUGGGCUACAGGUUUUACAGGAAAGAGGUCCUGCAGAAACCAGAGCCCAUGAAGGACAGUGAGGACACAGACAUUACCUACCAGAGAUUUACCGACGAGGAUUUUGACUCCUCCUACGGGGCAGUCACAGUGAGCGAUCCCAACAGUAUAAGCCUGGACCCGUGCCCCCCGGACCCCACCCCAGUGUGAGCUGCUCCUCCUCCUCCUCUGAGGAGGUCUACACUGAAGGACUAUACACCAUUCAGAGAUCUAGUGGUUUUCUGGAUGUUAACACAACUGCACUUUGCAUGCUCAUAAAGGUGCUUCAUUGGCUGAUUCAUUCAGUGUCGCUCACUUUAAAGUAAAGUUUUGCUGCUUCAUAGGUCUGUGUAUCUGCUGGCACACCGAAGGCCCCACUUUGUAGGCCCCAUUUGUCCUGGCUAGGGAUAGUUUGCUCCAUAUCUCUCUACCUCUUUCUCCAUUUUGAGAUUGGGCACCAAGAAUCAGGUGGCCUCUUGUUCAUUCAUAAUGCUGGUGGCGUAAUUUAACCUAGCCUAAAUCUCUAUACAUGUUGCAAAUAUAAUGUGGCAAAGGUCUCUUCAUUCAUGUUUGACACAUAUGGACCAAAUGCAGCAUAAGCUUUACUGUUGCCAAAAGCCAUACAUCUAGUAUCAGGAUUUUCAACCAAGCAGUGCCAAGUCAU